AUGGUGAAGAGGAAAAGCCUGGACGAGAACGAGCCGGAGUGCGGGAAAGGAAUACCGUUUCCCAUUCAGACCUUCCUAUGGAGGCAAACCAGUGCAUUUCUGCGUCCAAAGUUGGGAAAACAGUAUGAAGCAUCUUGUGUGUCCUUUGAGCGGGUGCUGGUGGAGAAUAAGCUCCACGGGUUGUCGCCGGCCCUGUCAGAGGCCAUCCAGAGUAUCUCCCGCUGGGAACUCGUCCAGGCAGCUCUGCCUCAUGUACUCCACUGCACCUCCAUCCUGCUGUCUAACAGGAACAAGCUGGGUGAGGACACGCAGGACAGGCAUUACCAGAGCCACCAGGACAAGCUGGGCGUGGCCGAGACAAAGCUGCUCCACACCCUGCACUGGAUGCUGCUGGAUGCCGCCCAGGAGUGCAACCACGAACCCAGCCUGGGCCACGGCUGGUCCGCCGGCAGCAGCAGCAGCGCCUUCCUCCAGCCUGUCGGGAACCAGGGCUCGUCACCGGGGGCUCCUGGCUCCUGCUCUGGCUCGGCCUUAGGAGGAUCGGGGCCCCAACACAGCGGUUCCCUGCUGGAGGAGGAUGAGCACACUCGUACCAAGCUGUUCCACAAGAGUAUGGCCACGGUGGAGCUGUUUGUGUUCCUGUUUGCACCGCUUAUUCACCGGAUAAAGGAGUCAGAUUUGACCUUCCGAUUAGCCAGCGGUCUGGUAAUAUGGCAGCCGAUGUGGGAGCACCGCCAGCCUGACAUCCCUGCCUUUACUGCACUCAUCAAACCUGUCAGAAACAUUGUUACAGCUAAGAGGAACUCCCCAGUGAACAACCAGUGCAGCCCCUGUGGAUCAGGCAACCCAGGUCCCGUGGGCUUCCAGGUGGUUUGUGAAGCCACCCAAUCAGAUUCCUCCUCCCCCGCGGCUGGAGAGCAGAGUUGUCGUCGUGGUAACUCAGUCGAGAAAGGUGGCCCUUCCCAGCAACCCCCUCCAGUCAAAGGCCCUUCGAAGAAAAAGACAUCAGCUCCUGCCGGCUUGCCAACAUCCCUCGCCCAACGUGCACGCUACGCCACCUACUUUGAUGUAGCAGUUCUGCGCUGCCUCCUGCAGCCCCAUUGGACAGAGGAGGGUGUGCACUGGGCCUUAAUGUACUACCUGCAGCGCCUGAGGCAGAUCCUGGAGGAGAGGCCUGAACGCCCCCCGGAGCCCCUGGUCACACCUCUGCCACGCCCUCGCAGCAGCUCCAUGGUGGCUGCCACGCCCUCAUUAGUUAAUACCCACAAGACCCAGGAUAUGAGCCUGAAAUGCAAUGAGGAAGGCAAAUCUCUGAGCACGGAGACCUUUGCAAAAGUGUCCUUGACUAAUCUUCGUCGACAGGCAGUUCCCGACCUUUCUUCUGACCUGGGCAUGAACAUCUUCAAGAAGUUUAAGAACCGACGUGAAGACCGGGAGAGGAAGGGCUCUAUCCCCUUCCAUCACACAGGGAAGAAGCGUCAACGCCGUAUGGGGGUUCCUUUCCUGCUCCACGAUGAUCACUUAGACGUCUCACCCACCCGCAGCACCUUCUCCUUUGGAAGUUUCUCUGGGCUAGGUGACGAUCGGCGAACUCUUGACCGCAGUGGCUGGCAGGCCACCAUCAUGGGAAAAUUCACACGGAGGGGCAGCACAGACACAGCUGCAGACGCAGACAGCCUGAGCGCCAAACACUCUCAUUCCCACCACUCUCUGCUCAGAGACAUGCCCGACCACUCCAACAGCCACAGCGAUAACACCGUCAAAGAGGUUCGGUCUCAGAUCUCCACCAUCACCAUGGCAGCAUUCAACACAACAGUGGCGUCCUUCAACGUAGGCUACGCUGACUUCUUCACCGAGCACAUGAAGAAGCUAUGCAACCCAGUGGCCGUACCAGAGAUCCCCGUGGAGCCGCUGGCCUGUGCCAACCUGCCACGCAGCCUCACCGACUCCUGCAUCAACUACUCCUGUCUGGAGGAAGGGGGGAACAUCGAGGGGACCAAUAACUUUGUGCUGAAGAAUGGCAUGUUGGAUCUCACCGCUGUCCUCCGAGCACUCUACGCUGUCCUCAGCCACGACAUCAGCUCCCGGAUUUGUGACGUGGCCCUCAACAUCAUCGACUGCCUGCUACAGCUGGGCGUAGUUCCAGACAUGGGCAAGAAACUAUCCAAGCCUGACAACAAGGAGAACCAGGAGGCACGAGCCAAAGAUCCAGUGGGGCAGGGCCUCGGCGGAGGAGCCCAGGGAGGCGGGGCGGUCCCGGGGGCUGGAGCAGGUGGAGGGGGAGAUGGAGGUGGAGGAGGAGGGGGAAGUAAUGGAGGAAGUGGGCAGGGGAGCAAGGAUGAUGUGAAGAACAACAAGGAUAAUGAUAAAAAGGAAGAGGGCUCCAGCCUCAGCACCCACCGAUUGGCUCUCACCAUGCUGAUAAAGAUAGUCAAGUCUCUGGGCUGCGCCUAUGGCUGCGGCGAGGGACACCGCGGGCUGUCAGGAGAUCGCCUCAGGAUGCAGGCACAGAACUGCCUGACCAACCUGUAUAAGCUGGACAAGGUGCAGUUUCGCCAGACAAUGCGCGAGUAUGUCAACAAAGACUCCCUCAAUAACAUAGUGGAUUUCCUGCAUGCACUGCUGGGCUUCUGCAUGGAGCCCAUCACUGACAAGUACGGCAGUGCAAGUGAGAGGUCCAGGAGAGCGAAAAAAAGAAACAUCGACAAGGCGGGUUUCGGGAACAACUUCACCACAGGGGACAACAAAUCUGUAGCACAGAACAUGGAGGCGGUGGUUGUGGGCUGCAUGUUCAAGUCCCUCAUCACACGCUGUGCCUCGACCACACAUGAGCUCCACAGCCCAGAGAACCUGGGUCUGUACUGUGACAUCCGCCAGCUGGUGCAGUUCAUUAAGGAGGCCCAUGGAAAUGUGUUUCGCAGGGUGGCAUUGAGUGCGCUCUUGGACAGCGCAGAGAAGGUCGCCACCACCAAGAAACCCGAGGAGAAGGAAGAAACCAAACAGUCUGGACCAAAGAGGUCAGAAGCGGGUGUGUCCGGGGAGAAGGGUCAGGUGUCCAGUGCUGCAGAUGAGUGUCGCAGCUACAUCUCCAGCAGACCCCCCCAGACACCCGAACAUGAAGAGCAGAUCCCAGGUGCUCUGCUGGGCAGGAAAGAUUUUUGGAGGAAGAUGUUUAAGUCACAGAGUGCCGCCAGUGACACCAGCAGCCAAUCAGAACAGGACACCUCAGAAUGCACCACAGCCCACUCUGGCACCACCACUGACCGCCGCUCCCGUUCCAGGUCCCGUCGUAUUUCACUGCGCAAGAAACUGAAAUUACCAAUAGGAAACUGGCUGAAGCGUUCCUCUCUUUCUGGACUGACUGACGGUGUGGAGGACCUGCUGGAUAUCAGCUCAGUGGAUCGACUCUCUUUCAUACGACAGAGUUCAAAGGUGAAGUUCACCAGUGCAGUGAAGCUGUCAGAAGGGGGCGCUGCAGGGCCAGAGUACAUCAGGGACGAGGAGGAGAAUUUCUUCAAGCGGCUCGGUAAAUGGAGGUCUGGCAGGAGGAAUCCAUCCAAGCUUCACCACACAGAAGAGAAAGAUGGACCCCAUGGUUUUCAGGAGCGUCUGGCAGCCAGUCAGGAGGCAAUGAAGAACAAGAAUGUGGUGAAUUUGGGUGCAAUUCGACAGGGCAUGAAACGCUUCCAGUUCCUCUUGAACUGCUGCGAGCCAGGAACCAUACCUGAUGCUUCCAUCCUUGCUGCUGCUUUGGACCUGGAAGCUCCAGUUGUGGCCCGAGCAUCCCUCUUUCUUGAAUGUGCCCGAUUUGUCCACCGGUGUAACCGCGGCAACUGGCCAGAGUGGAUGAAGGGCCACCAUGUAAAUAUCACCAAGAGAGGCCUGUCCAGGGGGCGAUCACCUAUUGUUGGCAACAAAAGAAACCAGAAACUUCAGUGGAACGCUGCCAAACAUUUCUGCCAGUGGGGAGACGCAAUCGGAACAAGGCUGAGUGAACUCUGUCACUCUGACAGCGAGAGUCCUGCCAACAUCCUGGGUUACAUUUACGAUGAGGAGACCAAACGGAAAAUGAGAAAAGAAGAUGAGGAAGAGGACUAUUUAGAUGACAACACAGUCAAUCCUACAAAAUGUGGCUGCCCCUUUGCUCUGAAGAUGGCUGCCUGCCAGCUGCUGUUGGAAAUCACCACUUUCCUGCGUGAGACCUUUCCAUGCUUACCACGGCCACGCACCGAACCGCUUGUGGAUCUGGACAGCUGCCGCCUGCGUCUGGACCCGGAGCUUGGUCGCCAUCGCUAUGAGAGGAAGAUCAGCUUCGCAGGCAUCCUGGAUGAUGAGGACGGACACGAUUCACUAAACAGCAGCAGUCAUACUCUGAAAUCCGACACCACCUGCGAUGAGAAGAAGACCCCUGAGACCCAGGCGCAUAUCCGUAAGAUUCGUAUCGGAGGCUCCCGGCUGCUUCAGAUCAAAGGGGCACGCAGUUUCCGUGUAAAGAAGGGUGGCUCCCUGUCAUCCAUACGCCGGGCGGGGAGCCUCAAGAGCACCAAGCUGUCCCGCCAAGACUCAGAGUCUGAAAACGAAGAAGGCCUGCUGUCACAAACACACAGCAGGGACACUGUCACUGACAUAGGCAACCCCUUCAGCACCAGUGAACCCAGUAUAGAGCCGGAGGGCCAGAGCACAGGAGGAGCAGAGGAUAACUACCACCGCAACAUGUCCUGGCUCCAUAUAAUGAUUCUGCUAUGCAACCAGCAGAGUUUCAUCUGUACCCACGUAGACUUCUGCCACCCACGCUGCUACCAGCAUCACAGCCGCUCUUGCGCCCGUCUGGUCCGCGCCAUCAAGCUCGUGUACGGCGAGACGGUCGACAGCCUGAGAGAGGACAGCACCUCCUCCGGUAACAUCGGGGCGCGCGCCAAAAAGAACAAAGAGUGUUCAGACAAGUCUUGCCUGAGGACCCCAUCUAUGAAGAGGAGACCCACUGACACCAACACAGAAGGGAAGAAAGACACCGGCAUGCUCAAGUACAUCCGCAACCAGGUGAUGAGCUUGUCGCCAGCUCCUCUUUCACUGCUGAUCAAGGCAGCUCCCAUCCUGACCGACGACAUGUAUGGAGACAUCCAACCUGCAGCCUGGGAACUCUUGCUCAGCGUGGAUGAACAUAUGGCAGCCGCCGCUGCUGCCAUGUUCCUCCUAUGUGCAGUGAAGGUCCCAGACGCGGUGACCGAAAUGAUGAUGGCUGAGUUCCAGCACCAGGAGGCCUGCCAGCGCAUCAACUCCAUCCUAAAGUUUAACACACUGUGGCGUUUCCGCUACCAAGUGUGGCCUCGUAUGGAAGAAGGAGCCCAGCAGAUCUUUAAAAUUCCUCCACCCAGCAUCAACUUCACUCUGCCAUCUCCUAUACUUGGCAUGCCCUGUGUCCCCAUAUUUGACCCCCCUUGGGUGCCCCAGAACACUGGCAGUGUCCAGGACCCAAUCAAUGAAGACCAGUCUAAAUCUUUCUCGGCGCGGGCGGUGUCACGCUCCCACCAGCGAGCUGAGCACAUCCUGAAGAACAUGCAGCAAGAGGAAGAGAAGAGGCGUCUGGGCCGUGAGGCCAGCAUCAUCACGGCCAUCCCUGUGGCUCAAGAGGCCUGCUACGAGCCCACAUGCAGCCCACCGCCCGAACAGGAGGAAGAAGCAGAAGAAGUGGUGAACCUGGCAUCACGCCGUCUGUCUGUCAGCCCAUCCUGCGCCUCCAGUAACUCCCACAGGAACUACUCUUUCCGUAGAGGCUCUGUAUGGUCUGUCCGCUCAUUGGCCAGUGCCGAAGAUGAAGAGAACACAACAGAACACACUCCAACUCACCACAUGCUACAGCCGCCCCAAGCUGUUUUCCCAGCAUGCAUCUGUGCCGCAGUCCUUCCAAUAGUGCACCUCAUGGAGGACGGGGAGGUUCGAGAGGAUGGUGUGGCCGUGAGUGCUGUUGCCCAACAAAUCUUGUGGAACUGCCUGAUUGAAGAUCCAGCUCUGGUCCUCCGCCACUUUCUGGAAAAACUAACCGUGAGCAACAGGCAGGAUGAGCUGAUGUUCAUGCUGAGGAAGCUACUGCUCAACAUCGGAGAUCUGCCGGCACAGACCUCUCACAUCCUCUUCAACUACCUGGUGGGACUGAUCAUGUAUUUCGUACGGACUCCCUGCGAGUGGGGAAUGGAUGCCAUCUCGGCCACGCUCACCUUCCUGUGGGAGGUGGUCGGCUAUGUGGAGGGGCUCUUCUUCAAGGACCUCAAGCAGACCAUGAAGAAGGAGCAGUGUGAGGUCAAAUUGCUGGUGACUGCAUCCAUGCCAGGAACCAAGACACUGGUGGUGCACGGGCAGAACGAAUGUGACAUCCCAACACAGCUGCCAGUCCAUGAAGACACUCAGUUUGAAGCCCUGUUGAAGGAAUGCCUGGAAUUCUUCAAUAUUCCCGAGGCAAGAUCUGCGCACUACUUCCUUAUGGACAAACGGUGGAACCUCAUCCAUUAUUCGAAGACGUACGUAAGAGACAUCUACCCCUUUCGAAGAUCAGUCUCUCCACAGCUCAACCUGGUUCAUAUGCUGCCUGAAAAAGGACAGGAGCUUAUCCAGAAACAGGUGUUCUCCCGUAAACUAGAAGAAGUCGGCCGGGUGCUCUUUCUCAUCUCCCUCACUCAACACAUGCCAGCCAUUCACAAGCAAUCCCAUGUUUCCCUGCUUCAGGAAGACCUGCUCCGCUUGCCAUCCUUCCCAAGAACUGCUAUUGAUGGCGAGUUCUCUCUGUUCAAUGAGCCACAAGGUAAGGAGCUGUUUGGAUUGGACACCCUCCACAAGGUGCUGUGGAUCAAGCUCCUGGAGGAAAUGUUUCUGGGCAUGCCCAGUGAGUACCCGUGGGGAGAUGAGAUGAUGCUGUUCCUCAACGUCUUCAACGGGGCGCUGCUGCUCCACCCUGAGGACAGCUCCCUCGUCAGGCAGUAUACAGCAACUGCGAUCAACACCGCUGUGCACUUCAACCAUCUUUUCUCCCUGAGCGGUUACCAGUGGAUCCUGCCAACCAUGCUGCAGGUCUACGCUGACUAUGAGAGCAACCCCUUACUGAGGCAGGGCAUCGAGUUCUGCUGCAGGCAGUUCUACAUCCUCCACCGCAAACCCUUCAUCCUGCAGCUGUUUGCCAGUGUGGCUCCACUGCUAGAAUUCACUACCAGCACCAGUACAGGUCUUUCCAAAGGAGUGUCAGCCCAGUGUCUGUUUGACCUGCUGGUCUCACUGGAGGGUGAGACCCAGGAUGCCCUGGAUGCUCUGGAGCUAGUCAAGGCUGAGAAACCUCUACGAUCUCUGGAUUUCUGUUACGGUAAUGAGGACUUGGCCUUUUCAAUCAGCGAGGCUAUCAAGCUGUGUGUCACUGUGGUUGCUUACGCCCCUGAAUCCUUUAGGAGUCUCCAAAUGUUGAUGGUGCUGGAGGCCUUGGUCCCCUGCUUCCUCCAGAAGCUGAAGAGCAACACAGUGACAAUGGAGUCGGCUUCGGCUGCCAGGGACGAGAUUGCAGCCAUCGCUGCUCUGGCCACGUCUUUACAGGCCCUCCUCUACAGCUCCGAGGCCCUCACAAGGCCAAUGACAGCUCCCCAGAUGUCCCGUUGUGACCAGGGCCAUAAGGGAGGCACUACAGCCAACCAUGCCAUGUCAGGAGGAGUUAACACCAGGGACAACCUCCACCUUCUGGAGGAGGGCCAGGGCAUGCCAAGGGAGGAACUGGACGAGCGCAUAGCUAGGGAGGAGUUCCGCCGGCCUCGGGAGUCCCUGCUGAACAUCUGCACCGAAUUUUACAAGCACUGCGGGCCACGACUGAAAAUACUGCAGAACGUAGCCGGUGAACCCCGGGUCACAGCCCUGGAGCUGCUGGAUAUCAAGUCCCACAUGAGGCUGGCAGAGAUCGCCCACGCCCUGCUGAAGCUGGCACCAUACGACACCCUGACCAUGGAGAGCCGAGGCCUGCGGCGCUACAUCAUGGAGAUGCUGCCAAUCACUGACUGGUCAUCUGAGGCCGUCCGCCCCGCCCUCAUCCUCAUCCUCAAGAGGCUGGACCGCAUGUUCAACAAGAUACACAAGAUGCCUACGCUCAGGUGCGCUCGCCCACAGGCAUUAUGCACCAGGAGACAGGUGGAGUGGGAGGCCGCCAGCAGCCUGAUUGAGGGAAUCUGCCUGACCCUGCAGCGACAGCCGAUCAUCUCUUUCCUCCCGCACCUUCGCUCGCUUAUCAAUGUGUGCGUCAACCUGGUGAUGGGUGUGGUCGGUCCUUCCAGUGUGGCAGACGGGCUUCCUCUGCUCCACCUCAGCCCAUACCUCUCCCCUCCUCUCCCCUUUAGCACAGCGGUGGUCAGGCUUGUUGCACUGCAGAUCCAGGCUUUGAAGGAUGACUUCCCACUUAGCCACGUGAUCUCACCUUUCACCAAUCAAGAGAGGCGAGAGGGGAUGCUGCUCAACCUGCUUAUUCCCUUUGUGCUCACUGUGGGGUCUGGAAGCAAAGAUAGCCCCCACCUGGAGCAGCCUGAAAUCUUCCUGCUUCUGCAGACAGUCAUCAAUAUCCUCCUGCCUCCUCGGAUUAUCUCAACCUCCCGCACCAAGAACUUCAUGCUAGAUGCGUCCCCGGCUCACUGCUCCACCCCGGGCGACACAGGAAAGGAUCUGCGCAGAGAGGGUUUAGCCGAGUCCACCAGCCAGGCUGCAUAUCUGGCUCUGAAGGUGGUGCUGGUUUGCUUUGAGCGCUCAUUGGGAAACCAGUGGUACCGGCUCAGCCUGCAGGUAAAGGAGAUGGCUCUGAGGAAGGUGGGCGGCCUGGCCUUCUGGGACUUCAUCGACUUCAUUGUCCGAACCCGCAUCCCUAUCUUUGUCUUGCUGAGACCUUUCAUACAGUGCAAGUUGUUGACCCAGCCAGCUGACUCCCAGGAAGAGAUUACAGCACGUCACCACAUCGCCGACCAGCUGGAGCGACGCUUCAUCCCUCGACCUCUCUGCAAGAGCUCUUUGUUUGCAGAGUUCAACAAUGAGCUCAAGAUCCUGAAGGAGGCCGUGCACAGUGGCUCCGCUUACCAAGGCAAGACGUCCAUCAGCACAGUAGGCACCUCUACAUCAGCAUAUCGCCUCAGUUUGGCCACGAUGUCACGCUCGAACACAGGCACCGGCACAGUUUGGGAGCAGGACAGCCAGCCGUCCCGCCAACCUUCUCAAGACACACUCAGCCGCACUGAUGAGGAUGAUGAAGAGAAUGACUCUAUAAGUAUCCCCAGUGUAGUGAGCGAGCACGAGGCUUUCCUGCCCAGAGUGAUGUCACAGCGCCGUUUCUCCAGCCACGCCACAGGCACAGCUGCUUCACAGCCCGAAGCCCCUCGCAUCACCAUGUUGCCCAGUCACAGUGAACCCAAUGUGCUAGAUGAGUCCCAGGGCCUUCUGCAGGAGGGUAACCUCUCUAGGGUUGCCAGUGUGCAGAGUGAACCCGGCCAGAACCUCCUGAUCCAGCCUCCGUUAGGAAGAAAGCGAGGUCUCAGACAGAUGCGACGCCCCCUGUUGUCCAUUCCGAAGACCGAACCACGUGGUCGCUCAGGAGCUCGACUCUCGACAACUCGCAGGAGCAUCCAGCCCAAGAACAAACCACUGGAAACUUUAUUGGACUGUGAAGCACAAGGAGACCAAAAGAGGUCAGUCACCUUUACAGAGAAUCAGGGACAGCAGGCGCCCACAGGGACCAGCAAGCCCCCGACUCCCAGCUCCAUGGAUCCUCCAGGUGAGAGUAGAAAGGCCAGUCCCGCUCCUUCAAAGUCCCCCACGCUGGAAGUGCCCUCCAUCUCCUCAGCCACAGUCACUGCUGACCUGCACAGCCCUGCUACUACACAGGUUGCUUCAGCUAUAAGCAGCAAGGAGAAGCGAGAGCAGUGGUGCCUCCGAAGCAGCCUCUCCCCUCCUCCCUCCUUCUCCCGCCCCUCAACCCCAACACCUCCCUCCCGAACCUGCUCCCCGCUGCCCCUGUCCCGAACCUGUUCCCCUCUCCCCUUGUCCCGCACCUCCUCUCCUCUCCCUCCACCACUGCCCGUGCUCGGUACAGCACCAGCCCCUGGCCCCCCACCACCGCCGCCGCUCCCAACACCACUUCUUCCCCCACCACCGCCGCCAGGGCCAUCCAGGAUCAGAGAGAGCCCCGGAGAUGAGGACACGACGGCACUGCUGCCACGCAGCGACACCCUACUGCAUCUCAGCGAGGACGAUGGCACUGAGAACCCCCUCCUCACCCCACUGCUGUCCCCUCCCUCGCCUCGUCGAUCACCUCGCCGGUCACCUCGUCGGUUACCCCUGCCCCUCUCUCCCGUCGAUCUGGACCUGGAUGAGUCCCACGUGUGA